AUGUCUAUCAUAACGGCUAAUAAUAACUGGUAUCACGGAGCAUCCGAAUUAUCGGCCUCUCGAAUCUCAAAUUUCCGGGAGAUUACCCAUUCACAAGGUGAUUAUUCCCAUUGGGCUUUCACCAAGAAGAGUGAACAAGAUCAAGGUCAGUCUACCGAGGUCGAAUGCAGUAUCAUCCCGAUCCGAGGACAAGAUAAACAAAGGCACUUUGUCGUAGUUGAGUCUAAUGAGGAAGUUCCGACUGUGUCGAAUUGUCCGGAUAAUAUCAUUGAGCUCAUCAGUGAGAAUGUACGUUCAGUUGUGGAUGCAAGCGAGAAUAUUGCCACCGCCACUCAGGCUUAG